AUGCCGUCUGUGGGGUCCGGCUACACCUUUGCGGACUUCCUCCAGCGGCUGGAGCGCAGCCCAGUGUCCCAAAUGUCCCCUCUCUACCACGAGCAUCGCCUCCUCUUCGUAAAUCGACCCGACAUGCUCUCGAGGGCGGUCCUGUCGGUCUCGUGGAAGAGAGGGCUGGCGAUCCUAGGAGCAGCGUACUACACCCAGCCGGUAGCCUCUGAGACGUACAGGGCGUUGCUAGCCCAAAUGCUGCGACACAACCGGCACGUGUCGAGGACCGGCACAGGUCAGCUUGUCAGCUGGCAGGCGGCGAUCAAGGUCAUGAGCGAGGCAGUGCUGGCGCACGGCACCUCACUGCCAACCCGCGUGUCCGUCUCGACGCUGCGCCUGCUCGCACCACACCGGCAGUGGCGCACGGCCAUCGACGUGCUUAAGCUAAACCAGGCGAAUGGGCAACUCACAAAGCCGAUGUUGCUCGAUGCGGCUCACGCGUGUGCAACGUCAGCGGCAUGGCCCCAUGCCCUCCAGCUGCUUAUGCACCUUCAUCAGCAGGAUCCGCCGCUUCUGUUCGACGCAAUACAGAGUAUGCGACCACCUGAUACGACCGCCCUCACAGCCGCUGCCAGCGCUCACGCAUUGCUUCCGUCCGUGCGCGACGCCGGAGCCCCAACACCGGCGCAGCAGCACAUUUUGAGCGUCCUGAACAGCGUGGUUGGCAGCGUUCCGCAUGAGGUGGCGGCGCGGAGCUCGCUCUGCACAUCGUACCUGACUCACCUGCUGGCAAGCACCACGCUGACACCCGAGCUGAAGGUGCAGCGGGCAACGGCGGCCAUGGCGCAGCUGCCGUGGACAGCCGCACUGGCACUGCUGAGCGACCUGAGCGAGCCGGCCUUGCUGACAGAUGUGGAGUGGACGCGUGUGCGCGACACCGUUCUGCUCCCCUCCAACUCUGACGCCGGUAAGGGAGACGGUGACAGCGGCGUAGGAGAGGAACGACAGCGACGGCGGCGGCCGUUGUCAGCGAAGGGAAGGCUGAAGAGGAAGAGAGACGCCUCCUCUGCUGUCAUGUUGCCCGAUGCGGCGGAGCCAGAGGACGAGGAGGCCGUGGAGAGUGCGGCUGCAUCCUCUUCCACGUCUCUGAACUCUUUUAUCUCGCAAUCGGCACCAUCGGUGAUGACCGCAGCAGAUGCACACUCCCACCAGGACAGCGUCGUGCUCAGUGCAACGGCUCUCUUCUCUCGCAUGCAGCUCCUACGCGCGUCUCCCCUGACAGCAGCAGCUAUGAUAGCCGUUAUGGUGGACAAGCUUCCCACGCCGGAGAUGGCAGCUGCGUUUCUCCAAAGCUGCGCAGCCCACCUGGCACAGCCCGUGCCGGCCUCUUCCUCGGCAGCGGACGGCCUCGACAUCGCGCUGCAGGGCGGUGACACCACCGUGGGCUCGGUGGCGGCCACACGCCACCCCGUUGUCGUCCACGCACUCUUGCACAACUGCGCCCGUCACGAAAACGGCUGGGCCAUUGCAGCACCGGCACUGCUUGGACACAGCGCGGCGCAGGUAGCGACCCCACCCGAGCUGCUCAGCUCACUUGUUCGACAGCUGCGGCAGGCGAAACAAGUAGCGUUGGCGGUACGUCUGCUUCACGAGCACAUUAUCCCUUCUGGCAGUCUCAUGACACCGACGUCGUGGGAGGACAUGCUGGAAUGCGCACUAGCACACAACCGCGCCAUUCGCCUGCGACACCUUCACAGAAAAACGGCGAACUCCCGCGACGGUAGUGCGCUCACAAAGGCGACCCCGAGGCUAUCGAGCGUUCACUGGGUGUCUGCGCUGAGCUGGGUGAAAAGCCGGCAGGCGACCUCCAGCGAGGACCGGAUUCGAAAGACGGACACCGGUCCAUCGCAGGGUGCCGAGCAGCGCCAUCCGCUGGAAGUGGUCACUCUGGAACGGCCCCUGUCACACAAGAUGCUGAGCCUCCUGAUCAACGUCUGCGUGCUGGGUGGCAGCCCGCAGGGUGCCCUGCACGCGCUUGGCUACGCGCGCCGUGUAAACAAGACGGAGCUGCCCCAUACAUCGCAGAUACGAGCACUCCUGUACUGCAUGCAGUAUGAUCGCCCUUGCGAAGCAGAGGCAAUCGUGGAGCAGUGCGCGAAACGCGAAGGCGAGGCCGCCGCGCAGCCGUUGCGGCAUCUGCUGCGGUUGAUAGGAGAGGGUAAGUCUAAUGACGGUGAGGGAAACGAAGAGUGA